CUUCGUUUCACCCUGACUAUCAAGACGGGGCCAGGGAAAGAGCAUGGCAGUCGAUUCACCGGCAUCGAGCAGCCGCUGCUCUGCGCCGCCUUCUGCCUGCUCUGCUCCUCCCACUGAAGAUCAUCGAUCUUCCGCUGCCACAAUGGCCCUCGCCAGGGGAAAAAGAAGAAGGCGAAGAAGGCGUUUGCGACUCGCCGAUGUCGUCUUUCCUCUCGCCAUUCUCUUUUUCCUCGCCAGCAGCGUUUUGCCGACAGUAAGCGCCUCGCAAGGAGACCGGUCACCAGAGUACCAAAGUUGCGUGAGCUCGUGCACCAAGGAUUCUUGCUCGGGCGAUCCCGAAUGGGACGACGGGACAGCCAAGACGACGAGGCUCCCGAUGAUGCUCCGGCUCACCUUCUGGAACUGCAUCGAUGACUGCAAGUACCACUGCACCCACCGUGUCACCAACGCGGCCCAAAGUCGGGUCCGAAAAAUUCGCGAAGAGACGAGGGCGCUCGUCGAUGCAAAGGGUGCUGCCGAGGACUGGUCGAUGGCAAAGCAGCGGAGCGUGGCCGAGCAGAUGGUCAAGGAGAGGCUCGACGCCAUGCGGCCCGUCGAGAAGCAGAUGGUCCAAUUCCACGGCAAAUGGGUCUUUGUCCGCUUCCUGGGCUGCCAGGAACCCAUGUCGGUCCUCUUCUCGCUCAUGAACUUCUUUGUCCACCAGAGGGCUGUCCGGCAGCUCGGCAAGCACAUUCCCGAAGCAUUCCCACUCAAGCUCGUCUACAUCCUCCAUGCCCUCGUCAGCUGCAACGCCUGGUUCUGGUCCGCCGUCUUUCAUGCGCGCGACAAGAACUUCACCGAGAGGAUGGACUACUUUUCGGCGGGCGCCGUUGUCCUGGGCGGGCUCUUCUUCUCCCUCUCGAGGCUCUUUCGCCUGGCGCCGGGCACGGUCGCCUUUGGCCUGCUGGCACGCAUCUGCGGAGCCUGCCUCGGCCUCCAUAUCCUCUACCUCAGCUUCGGCCGGUUCGACUACUCGUACAACAUGACUGCCAACGUGGUGGUCGGUCUCGCGCACAGCCUGCUCUGGCUCGCCUAUUCGUUCAGCCCGUCUGCAUUCGCUGCCCGGUCGCUCGGCUCUUCGCUCUCGGAUCGAUACAGCGCCUCGCGUGCGGCCAUGCGGGCCAGUCGCCCCCCAUCAGGGAUCGCCGGCGCCGCUGCUGCAGGCUCACCGCCCCCGGGCACAACGGCGCACUCCAACGGCGGAUCGCCUCCCGCGCCCGUCUCCGCCGCCAUCCCACCGCCGUCGUCGUCCAAACGGGCCCGCCAUCAGCUGCGAAAGAUUGUCUUUUUGCUCUUGGCCGCUUCUGCCUUGGAGCUGCUUGACUUUCCCCCAAUUCUGCGCGCGCUCGACGCACACGCCCUCUGGCACCUCGCCACCGUCCCGCUCGCUUCGAUGUGGUACGGCUGGCUGAUUGAGGAUGCACGCGAGUGCGUCGCAUCGGGCUUCUUUGUCGGCGAGGGGAUAAAGGGACCCAAGCUGUUGACCGAGGGGAGUGCCGCGGCCGCCGAGGUCGUUGUGCCGGCGCUGGAGAGGGCAAAGGAGUGGGCCUCGAGUGCCGCUUCGAGCGCCGCUGCGUCUGCCCGACACCGGGGUAUCAACUUUGACUGGGACAAUCUCCAAGGUGCCGCGAGCGCGAGUGGAGUCGAGCUGAAUGCGCUCACACACAAGCUCAAUGCCCUGGCAAGAGGCACUCUCAAUGGCAUUGGCGGCGGCCACGGGGGGCAAGGGCAUGCCAACAGCGCAAGCACGCCCCACGUCGUCGUGCCAGGUGUUGCAGUCGGUGGCAGCACCACGCCCGGUGUGGAUCUCGGAGCAGGCGGCGGCGGCGGCAGCAGCUCGAGGGAGCGGGAAAAGCAACGAGAGCUCGGCGAUCGGGGGAUCGUCUAGAGCUCUCUCUCCUCUCACUGUCGACUUUUCUGCCGGCUCGCAGCCUCUGUGGUCAUUGUUCAUCAUUCAUCGUUUG